GUCAAAGUUCAGUACGAAAUCUUACCGCCAUUUUUGUUGUGUUCGAUACACGGAUGUAGAGAGUUUCUGGCAUACUUUUGGCGAUUUAACUCCACUUCGCGACGCUCUACUAGCUCAAAUCGUCCUAAAUGAGUGCGGUAGGACUCCGAGGCCUCAUCAUGAGGCUCGACAAGCGGGUGGAAGCGCUUCUUCCUCAGAGAAUUCGCGCGGUUUGGAACCACCCAGCCGGGCCGAAGACGAUCUUUUUCUGGGCUCCGUCCUUCAAGUGGGCGCUCGUUAUCGCCGGGAUAGCCGACGUCGUCCGACCGCCUGAGAAGCUCAGCGUCUACCAGUCCAGCGCUCUGGCUGCUACGGGGUGUAUCUGGUCUAGAUACUCGUUUGUCAUCAUCCCAGUGAACUACAACUUGUUCAGCGUGAACAUUUUCGUAGCUGCCACAGGGUUCUUCCAGCUCUCUAGGAUAUAUAUGUACAAACAAUCUUUGAAGGAACUUCCACCAGCAGAAACAGCAGAAGAACCAGAAAAAACGUCCGCGGCAUAAGGCUUAUCGGAUAGUUGUGUGUACUAUCAAUGCACUGUGUUUUAGCUAUUGGAAUGAAGCCUUAGAUAGAGAUUUAAGGAAUUGUACGGUUGGAGUUUUAGCUUUCAAUUCAAGUCGCGAAAACUGCCACUUGUCGCACUUUUGCCUGUAGCUAUGGCCGCACUCAGGAUGGCUGACCUACUGCUUUGGUCAUGUGACCUCACAGGGUCAUGGGUCAAAGUUGACUGAAUUACAGAUCACUGUUAUGUGUCUAUUGAUGUAUUUUAAUGAAGACCAAAGAAAAUAUCCCAUAUGAAGAGGUGUAUACUGUGGACAAUGAAGCAUAGCAUAUCUGUUUGGUCAAUUGAUGUCCAUAAAUAUGAAAUGUUCAAAAGAACUUCUCGACAAUACGUAUUCUCAAAUUUUAACACCAGUGAUCCUCAAAUUUCAAGGGUAAAGAAACAACAUUCAACCAAAGAUUGUUGCAUUUCCACAGAGAUAUGUUUCCUUAUUGGUAUUUAUU